GCCAUUCGCGUCGUGUCCAUCGGAAGAGACUCGUGGAGUUUUACGAAAAUAGAUUAAACAGCGCAGAUUUUUUUCCAGUGAACGGAUCUGCAAAUUUGCAUACGUCAUUCGCAAAGGAGAUUCCUGAGAAAAAUCCACGGCUCAACCGGAAAGAUAUGCAAAUAUGGACUUCCACAUACUGAUCGUCAUCGGUUGUGUGGUCAGCGCCUCGCUGCUCUCGUUCCUGUUCAUCAAUAAGAUCUUCCGGCGCAAGACUUUCGAGGAGGUGGUGGCCGAAAAACGUGCCCUUAGCGCCAAUCUCUACAAGGCGGCCGGUGGCGCCGCUACUAAGAAGCCCAAGAAGAAGGAACUUAAGCGCGAAAAGAAGCAACGUCAGCGGGAACAGCAGCGGGAUGCGAACAACGAGCCGGAACCAGAGGAAGCCGAAGACUACUCCGAUGGUCAGUCAGAGGGUCAGGGCUCGGUGGCUGACGAGGAACCCGGUCUGUCCAAGCAGCAUGUUGAGUUUGAACCCGAUGCAGAGGUGCUCACUGAGCAGCGACGACCCAGUAGCGUGGCUGAGAAGGAGAACCAACCAUCUGCGGCUGGCAAAAAGGGGAAGAAGGAUAAGCGUAACGGAGCAAACAACAAGACAGCCGGAAUCCUGGUCAACAAAAACGAAACUGUGGCUGUUAAGCCUCCAGUUAACUCCGAGGAGACACCAUCUUUGAAUAACUUCGAGACCAAGGUCCCCAAGGAUGUGGUGGAGCUAAAGAAGCAGGAGCAGAAGGAACGCAAAGAGGACAACAACAACAAACAGCAAAGUCAAAAGAAGAUUGCCGGAGGCAAUGUGUCCAAAAAGGAGAAGGCUGCAGCUGUCGAAGCAGAGGCACCCGUUGUGACCAAGCAGAUCAUCAAGCAACAGCAGCAGCAGCAGAAUGGCUCACCCAAAACGCAGCACAACCAGGCUAACAACAAGACCAAGCAGCAGCAGCAAAACAAAAAACAGAAUCAAAAGGAAACCCUAACGGCUAAGGAUUUGGCUCAUGCUUUGGAUAAACUGGCCGAUCACCAGAACCAGACCAUUGGCGUUAACGCUCUGAUGAACGUAUUUUCCCGUGCCGAGCUGAAUCGCUCAGAGAUUCAGAUACUCAUCGACUAUCUGCUAAACAAGCAACAGGAUAUGCCUUCUUCGCACUCUGAGUGGUCGGAUGACAUUUGCCAGAAGCUCAAGCGCCAGCUGGAGGAGAAGGAAAAAUUGCUGGCCGAGGAACAGGAGGCCUCCAUCGGAAUUCAGGCUAAGCUGCGCGAGCUGCGCCAAGAGGUUAACACAGAACGCGCUCAGAUGCACGCCCGCAACCAGGCCUAUAUCGAUAAGUUGCAAGGCAAGGAGCAGGAGCUAUCAGCCCUUAACCAGGAGCUGUCCAGUCUGAAUGACAAGUUGACGAUUGAGCGGCAGCAGCUUACGACCCUUCGGAGGGAAAAGCAAGCUAAUUCGCAGGAUCUGGUUCAGUUGCAACGCUUGCAACAGGAUCUCGCCCACAAGGAAAAGUGCCUGGCGGAAAUGACCGCAUUCGUUAAUGCAGAGACCCAGCAGAAGAACGAGGUGAUUCAGCAGCAGGCUCAGCAGGUGCAGGCCCUGGAGCUGCAACGCGACGAGCUGGAAGCGCGCCAGAACAACAGCAUCUUCGAGCUGGAGCAGCGUAAGCAGCUGGAGGCGGAGAACGCCGACCUGAAGCAGGAGCUGUGCGCUGUAACACAGGCUCAGUCGGAACUGCAGCGCGUCCACGCCGCCGAGUUGCAGGAACUGCGACAGGAGUUGUCCGUCCUGGAGGCCCGCAACGUGGCGCUCAGCCAACAGCUCACCCAAGCCGCCAACAGCGCGGUUCAGGCCACCGCUGCCCAGUCGGAGCAGGCCCAGGUUCAAACCGAAGCUUUGGCCCAGAAGCAGCAGGAGCUGAGCGCUCUUCGCUCGCAGGUUGGCUCGCUGACGGAUGCCCAGGCCCAGCAGCAGAAGCAAGCCAACGCUCUGCAGUCGCAGCUCCAGGAGGCGCAGCAGCGUGCCGAGCAGCUGCAAGCCAAGGAGAAAAAUCUGCAACAGGAGCUCCAGGAGCAGCGAGAGAAAAAUAAUGACGUGCGUUUGAAAAAUUGGAAGUUGAUUGAAGCGUUGCAAAAUGCCGAAGCAUUAACAGCGAAGACGAAAACAAAUUCAGCGCAGUCCGUAGGCCAACAACACAAAGAGCUGCAGCUGCAGCAACAGAAGGCAGUGGCCGCCAAUGGAGGCGGCAGUGCCAAUUCAGCCAAGAGCGAGCAACAGAGGAUCCGGGAUCUCUACCAGCGCCUUUAUCCCGACGCAGUAAAAGCGCAGUCGGGAAAUGCCCUGCAAGCAUCCUUUGACCAAUGGCUGGAACAGGUCCUGUCCACCCAUGUCAAGCAGCAGCAGGAUAAGCUGCGGCAGAAGCUCGAUGCGGAGCAGUCCGAGAAGCAGAGCAGCAGUAGUCAUAAGUCCACACAAUCAAACAACAGUAGCAGUAGCAACCACAAUAGCACCCACAACAAUAUUAGUAGCAAUAAUAGUAGUUCGAAUAGCCAAUCCUCCUCCGCCGUUGAGCAACAGGAGCUGCACAAACAGAACCUGCAGCUGCGGGAGUGCAACGACAAGCUCACCCAGCUGGUCACCAAGACUAGCAACACAUUGAUGGACUUGGAAGAGCGUGCUCGUGAGCAGGACGAGCACUGGCGUGGUAUCGUAGACCAGAAGGAGCAGCUGAUCCUUACUCUGCAGCAGCAUGCCUCUAACGGAGAAUAGGACAUUUAAUGUCGAGACAAAUGCGGAAAAGGAAGAAGGAGGCCAACAACGACGAUAAACUGACAAGCAACCGCAGAGUUUGUCCAACUUCCAUAACAACAGCAACAGUAAAAAAGAAACAACAACAACUCUAACAAUCUAUUAAGUUUAAAGUUAAUGUAAAAAAAAGAAGGCGAGGAAAAAGUAAACUUACAGCAUGCCCCACAACAGCAACAUUUAACAUUUUAUAGUAGCGAGAACCAACAAUUAUGAGAAUGAAGAACUAUGGAACGCUUUAAGAAAUUAUAUACACUUAACUAAAGCAUGAUAAUGAUAACAAACGAAACUUGUGCAAUGUUAAACGAGAAGAGAAGCAAUGCUAGCAAAGGAAAAGUCAGACUCUGAUUACAGAAACAGGCAAUUUCCACCCAAGCCCUCCCAAGAAAAACAAAACAACCCGAAAAAACCGCAAAAAAUCCAUUGCUGCUGCUACUUUCUUAUUAUUAUUUCACCCAUACUUCGCAUGCUAUUAUUUUUUGUGUUACACUUGCAUUUAAACAAUUGUAUAUGUGUCUUAUGUUAAGCAAAUGAAUUUAAAACCCAGCUACUUAAAAUGCAAAUCCACGAAAAAUAAACAAUCUAAUAGUAUGAAUGUAUGCACUUGUA